CUCGGCGUGCGCGGAGCCCGGAUGCCCGGCCAUGGCCGCCUCGCUGAGCCGCCCGUGCUUCCUGUCCCUCCACGUGCCCUACGGGCAGGGCUGCGCACAGGACCUGGCUACCGCUUUCCGCUUCCAGCCCGUGGCCGUGCGGGAGACACCGCGUGUGAGGCAGCUGGCGCUGCGCCGCGGCGCUGCCGUCUUCCUCCUCAACGAGCGCCUGGCGCCGGCCGGCAUCUCCAACCGCGAUUUCCUCUACGACGUGGACCCCCGUCCCACCCUGGGCACGGCCUCCAACGUCUGCCUGGAGGUGGAUGAUGUGCCAAGGCUGUGCACGCAGCUGCAGAGCCGGGGUUGCAUCCUGCCAGUGCCCCCAACUGAGGUGAGAGAUGAGCGCGGCUCCAUCACCUACAGCGUGGUGAGCUCCGCCGUGGGCAAUGUCAGCCACACGCUGCUGGACCGCUCCCGCUACCGGGGGCCCUUCCUGCCCGGCUUCCAGCCUAUACAGGGAGCACCCCCUGGGGACGGUGUGGAGAUCUCCCACUUCGACCACAUCACCUACGUGUGCCCGCGGGGCGGCACGCAGGCAGCUCUAGAGUGGUACCAGCACUGCUUCGGCUUUCGGCACUUCUUGCUGAGCCCGCGGCAGCAGCCAGCGCAGGGCUUUGUGCUGGGUGGGCACGGGGCCGGCAUGCUCCUCCGCGCCCUGCAGAGCUCCCAGGGUUCUGGCUGCAAGCUCGUCCUUGCUGAGUCGCUGUCUGAAUCCGUCCCGAACCAGGUGGACACCUUCCUGGAGCAGCACGGCGGGGCCGGCAUUCAGCACGUGGGUCUGCGCACGCCUGACAUCGUGUCAGCCACCAGAGCCCUGCAGAGGGCGGGCGUGCGGUUCUUCACCCCCCCUGCUGCCUAUUACAGUCAGGGGGGCAAGGAAAAGGAGGUGCGGGGUGCCGGGCAGGAUCCCUGCACGCUGGCAGAGCUGGGCAUCCUGCUGGACACCGCCGUGCAUGGGGACAACAGGCAGCUGGGCAGCAGUGCUGGGGUAAGCCCUGCGCAGAGUUACUUGAUGCAGAUCUUUACCCAUCCCCUCUUCUCCGAGGAGACUUUCUUCCUGGAGCUCAUAGAGCGACACGGAGCUCCUGGCUUUGGAGAAGGCAACAUACGGGCGCUGUGGAAAGCUGUGCAGGUCUACAUGGACCAGAGGCAGUAGAGGCCGGCAGCGUCCCUUCUCUCUGUCCCAACCCUGGGGCAGUACACUGCAGAAAUACCAACCGAUAGCCAUGGCAUGGCUCUGAGCAACACGGUCCAAGGCACUCAACCCAGACACACUCCAAUGCUGCAGCACCGUGCUCAGAGAUAGGUUCUGGGAGCUCUGAGCAGCCCCCAGGGGAAAUGGAGAGGGAUUUCUCCCCCUUAACCAGAGGUGAAGGACCUUCUGCCUCAAUUUCACCUCAAUCUAAUGAAAGUUGUGCCUGCAGCAUACGGCUGAGGACACAGCUGGCACUGCCACAACCUCAUUGUGGGGGACAAGGAGGACACUAUGGACACGGCUGCUUACCAGCAGACAUCAUCCAAAGCACCACAGGGCAAGUGGCUGCUCCUUCAUCACCUAAAUUAAAGAAUUAACCUGGAAUAA